AUGAUUAAUGGAGCCACUUCGCCGAGAAAACGCGCGCGCUUCCCGAAUCGUCCACGAAAUCUCGAGCUUUUCGGCUCGAUUCCUGCAUUCGGGACCGCCAGUAAGAUUUAUUCGCCGUGCGAGCAUGGAAGUAAAAUCCCCGAACUACCGCCUUCUCAGAUUUAUAUGGCGAUCCUGUUCUCCGGUAGAAACAGAUCGGGCAUCAAGGUGCCGAUGGCUAUACUGAAUUGCCUCUACGCCCGUCAAUUGUGCUACGAAGAUCCAUCGUGCAGCGCUAUUUUGGAAAUUAUACCGAGAGUCUGCGGUCCGGAAUUAGUGGCUUGCUCAACGGUGACGGUGACUAAGUGUCAAGCGGCUCUGCGCACCCUGCAGGCUUUCACUUACUUCCGACCGACGUGCCUCUGCAGGGAGCCGCAUGUCGAUCCGGACUGCAACAGCUUCCAGAACUUCCUGUUUGACCAUCCGUGCGACUACGUGGAAUGGAAAGACAAGGAUCCAUAUCCAGUGGAUGCAUUGCCGACGUGCAAUCAUGCACUCAGCGUUUGUUUACGUGGGAAGCCUUGCAGUCAGAUUCUCAAAGACUUCAAGAACAAUUGUAAGACUCAAGAGAACCAGUGUAAAAUGGAGAGUCGAGAUGCUUGCCAUGAAUCCUGGACGCAGCUGCGACUAUCGCCGAUGUUCGGCUGCAUAUGUCCGAAUAAUCAUAUGAAGCGGCGAUGCGACAAGAUCUUCAUGACGGUGAACCAUAAUCCCUGCGUUGAGGUCCUGCCCUCUUCCACCUCCGUAGACCUGUCGGGCACGGAUUCGGCCCUGUACCCGUUCGACCCGCAGCAGGAGAACUACCAGGAGAUCUGGUUGCCACCGACCAGUAUGUACCCCUAUUUUCUGUUCCCCGGAACCGCGCGCACCCCAUCGUUCUACGACCCCGACAGCACGUACGACUUACGGGAGCCCGGCGACCGACGCCAAGACCACCACCGUCAUGGCAAUCGGCAUCAUCAUGGUUACCAGGAGGCGCCGGAGCUACCCGGCAAGCCAGCCGUCCUCGUCGUCGAGACGUACGAUCCUCGAAUCGAUUCGCACCGGUACAAGAUCGAUGUAAAUCGGUACGAGGAUCGCGCGGCGACCUCGCGUCCUCCAGGUGCUGAUCAUCCGGAUCGAUCGACAGAUGGAUCUUCUUCCUUCCUCUUCUCUUCUUCUUCUUCUUCUUCUUCUUCUUCUCUUCUCUCUUCUUCUUCUUCUUCUUCUUCUUCUUCUUCUUCUUCUUCUUCGUUGUCCAAGCAUGAUCGCGCCUCCAGCACAGUGCACCUGCAGCCCCAAAGCGAGCAUGACGCGCACCUGCACCAGCAUCGGCACCAACACCACCAUCACCAGCACCACCACCAUCGUGAGCACCCUGCACUACCUGCACCGCCGUCCGUCGUCGUGACGCUGUCGUCGUCGUCGGCGGGCUCGUACGCGUCGGCGGCCGCUCGUCCCACGCCUACCGUGCUGGACGAGCCCUUAGGGGCACGCGGGCCCGGCCACGAGCCGCCCCGGCUGUCGGCCCCGAGGAAGUUCGCGCCCAGACCCACCUACGAGCACCGCGCGAUCGUCGACGACGACGAUUUCGAUGACGAGAUCAAGCCAGGCGCGCUGCCCGUCGACCGGCUCUUCGAUCUCACCCAGGUCUUCGAAGGGUUCGUCGACCAAGUGAAGGUCAUCGCCCAUCCCGACAAUUCCACCAGCUACGAAGUGAUCGAGUCGCAAUUGGAGAAUCCACUGAUCGACACUAAGCAUCGGGAUUUACUCGCCAUGAAGCAAAUUCCUAUCCCGAUCAACCAUCAUCAUCGCGCGCAUCACAAGAAAAACCAAACGGAUGAUUUCGAACAAACAGGCGUGAUGUUAUCAUCCUCCACAUCGGACAUCGACAGAAUUCAGCAGCCAGUUAAACUGAUUUUGACCAGCACGUGUCAACACGCUUAUACAUCUUGCAAAAACGAUCCGGAAUGCAAGAACCUGCUGCAGCCCGUUCUGAAUCAUUGCGACUCGACGACAUGCGCGAGGAACGAGUGCAUGGAAGCGUUGCAGCAUUUCUACAAGACCGCCAAUCACAAGCAUUCCGUGGAAAUCGCUUUUUGCCUCUGCAGGAAAACGGAUAGCAAAAAGGAUGAGUGCAUAGUGGCGCAAGAAAUGCAUCCGACGUGCGCGCAGCGCAUAGACGCUGCCGAAAUGCCGACGUGUCACAGCCUGGCCGAGACUUGCAAAGAGAACAGAAGCUGCAGGCUUAGGUUGGAGUAUUACGAACAAAGCUGCGCAGCCGACACUGUGACAAAAAAAUGCGCCGGACCAACUUCGGAAUGCAGAAAAGCGAUGCUGGGCAUUCUUGGUACCGAACUUCAUACUAAUUGCGCCUGCAAAGGUACUGACAUCCAUCAACUUUACGGCUGUCUAGGCUGGCAGCGGCUUCUCUGGGUGAAUCCUUGCGUAGUGGAAUCGCAAAAGGACUAUCACGCGCGCAGAAAACACCAUCAUGUGCGAACCACAACACCGAAGACAACGACGACAACGACGACGGCAGUCGCGACGACGACAACGAGGUCACCGGCAAGCAUGACGGCGAUCACUGCAGUCGAACAAGUGGAAGAUAAUCAAAUACCGGAAGUGACAAAGUCGCCGACCACCGAAUCUGUGGAAACUUGGGAAAUCACAAGCACCACCACGACAAGCACCACUCCGAGUACUACUACAACCACUACGACGCCGCCACGCUUUUGCGUGGUUCAAAGGCCGACACAUAGCCACCAGUACAUAAGAGAGGGCAAAGGCAAAAGGCUAUAUCGCGAGGAUGAGCCUGAAUGCUCGGAGCUCUGUCACUGUGGCGAGGGUGAACAACUUGUCUGCAACACCAUCUGCGUCGAUUCCUCACCCUGCAAGACAGAUUUUGCUUUCUACAACCACGAAGCGCCGGCUUAUCAGGCGCAUCGGGGUCCUUGCCUUUGCUAUAGCGGUGCUUUUAUAUGCAUGCGGCCUUCGCCUGAAACAUACAAUAUACCGCACGGGGUUUUCAUGUUCCUGGGGUACAGCGAGAAAGACGAGACCUUAUUGAAACAGCACAACAAUGUAACCGUGCUGGACGCGGUAUCAUCUCUCGACAAUUUCAUGAGAGAGGAAGUCAAUAAUCAGACAGUAUGCACGCUCUUCUUGUACAACGCGACCCGAGAAAACGUGAUUGCAGUGGCGCGACUCGGGACCGACAAUCCACCUUUAAAUAGCAGCCAGGCUCAGAGUCUGCAACACCUGCUACGUGUCAAGGAGGAGUGCGCGUCAAUGAUGCAAGAUCUCAGUGACAAGAUCAACAAUAAGCACCAUGAAGUGCACACGCAUCCGCUGCUCUCGAUCUUCAAGAUGGCCGAGGUCGAGGUAAAAAUGCCGUACACCAACGAGGCGGCGGUCUUCAGGUCAUCGUCAGCGCUCCUCGUCGCUGUACUGGCAGUCGGCCUUUUCGGCUCGACAUGUCUCUUCGGUUCGUGACAGGGACACCGGGACGCCAUAAAAAGUCUAUAUCGAACGUCUCCCUCGCGAAGGAUCGUCACGUGUCGCGCGCACGCGAUUACGACGACUCCGACAGCGGAGUCCAUCCGGACGAAGGAGGACUCGUGGCCUUGAAGGCCAUAGAUCAACGAAGAGAAGGAUCAGUCACCUUCUCCUCGAUCGCCGUGCUGAUCUAUAUAUUGUAUGGAUUGAUCCGCACGACGAUCUCUGCACGUUUCUUUCUGCCGAUCACGAAUCGCUCAUCGCACGAACCGUUCGAGAUAUUAUUAAAUGUAUAUUAAUGUUUAAUGGUAUUUUUGUUACCGUACCUCGAUACGUAUAGCCUUCUCGAAUCUUCAUCCUUAACCCUUUAACUGCCACGACCCGAAUGAUUCCGAAUUUAAUGCUGGAACCUGCAGUACUUGUCAAUUAAUGUGUAUUGCAACUUUAUAUAGGAAAUAAUUCUCCUUCGAAGAUUCAAGGUGUUAAAUUUCCAAAGAGAAAUGUUCUUAUUUUCAGUACAUUCGUAUUGUUUAUUUAAUUUUUAUUUCAUCUUAUUUAU